AUGAUCCCCUUCUUCGCUGCCGCCGUGGCCACAGUCAACUCCAGCGCGGCCUCACGUUCAAGCCGCAUCCCAUUCUUCAAGUUCCACCGCCGCAACAGCACCGGCAGCGCGCGCUCCGCCGCCUCGGAGACCCAGAGCGUCCAGAGCGACUCCCCGAGCGACUCCACCGACGACGGUGCGAGCGCGAGCGCGGGCCCGCCCGCGCAAUGCACGCCCGAGCAGCGCGACGCGCGUGCGUUCGAAGCCCCGGAAGCCGAAAGCGUUUCCGACGAAGUCGAGGAUGGGUCGCUGAAGCGCAAACGAGGUUCGGCCCCGCCCGUCGCGAAUUUGAACUCGGACAACCCGCCCAUGAAGCGGCGCAGGACUCCGUCCGCGGGCCAGAGGAUGGAUGAGUGUGCAGAGGGUGAUGGGAAGAUCGAAGAGACCAUGCCCCAGCCGCAGUUGUCUAGCCAGCCGGCCCGGAGUGCUAUCUCGGAAGCUCCUGCUGCCCCGGACGCUGUCAAGGUGGAGGACAAGGCAGUAGCGCUGGACACUGUCAUCGUCAAGUCAACUGUUGAGGAGACGAAGUCUGAAGUCCUCGCUCUGCCCAGUCCACCAUCAACCCCUCAGCCCCAGUCCACGCAGGUCGUGAAGUCACCUCUCUACACCCAUACCCCGUCCACUUUGUGGCACGCUACCUCCACGCCCCUUGUCGCUGCCAAGCCCUCCAAGGCGUUCUCUGCGUUCUCUGGACAGUCUUCGGCUUUCGCAGUCUCGUCCUUCGCUUCGGCCAAGGCUCCUGCCUGGUCCGCAACUCGUGACUCUAACUCCGUGUUCGCGCCGGCCGCAGGGACGGCCCUCGCUUUCGGCUCCCCCGGUGAGGAGCCAGCUGCGCCCGUCGCCAGCACUCUCCCCAUCGUGACGGGAGAAGAAGAUGAGGAAUUGGAGACGGAGCUGAAGGGUGUGAAGGUCUUCAUCAAGCGGGGAAACCGCGAUUUCUGCGAGGGCAUCCUCGGGAAUGCUAAGCUCCUUAAACACAAGGUUUCCGGUCAACAGAGGAUACUAUUCCGCCGAGAGCCCGUGUGGAAGGUCACCAUGUCCGUGCGGCUGCGCCCGGCUGUGCGUUGCUCGUUCGAGGAGGUGCAGGGUGCGCUGCGCGUGGCCCUGAAGGAGCCUAUCGAGGGCACUCAGGAGGAACAGUUUGUGAUCUAUGUUCUUAGGAGAGGCAAGGCAUCCCGCAACGACUUCGCCGACUUUGCGCAGGCAAUCAUCGAGAACUCGCGGACGCUGGAGCAGUCUCCUUCGGCCGCCUGA